AUUUUUACUCGCUCCCAGUCCACAUAUAAGAGAGCGGCCCCACCUUGUUUAGUCUGGCCUGUUAAAAGGAUACAGGGAUCAGCAUCGAGAGAUGUCCCCAAAGAGAGCAAAGAAGAAGUUGGAGGGAGGAAGCUCUAAUGUCUUCUCCAUGUUUGACCAAUCUCAGAUUCAAGAACUCAAAGAGGCUUUCACCAUCAUGGAUCAGAACCGAGAUGGCUUCAUCAAUAAAGAGGACCUGAGAGACACCUUUGCUGCUCUGGGCCGUGCUGCAAAAAGUGAGGAGUUGGAUGCAAUGUUGGCUGAGGCACCGGGGCCAAUAAACUUCACUGUCUUUCUCAGCAUGUUUGGCGAAAAAAUGAAAGGUGCGGACCCAGAAGAAACGAUUCUGAAUGCUUUCAAGAUUUUUGACCCAGAAGCCAAGGGACACAUCAAAGCAGAUUACAUCAAGCAUAUGCUGACCACCCAGGCCGACAGAUUUAACGAAGAAGAGUGUCAACAGAUGUUUACUGCAUUCCCUCCUGAUGUUUCUGGUAACCUCGACUAUAAAAACCUGUGUUACGUUAUCACACAUGGUGAAGAGAAGGACUGAGGACACUCACCCCGGAGGAUGAAGGUUAUUGUUGAGAGUGACGUGAUUCAUCCUCCUGGUGAUGGGGAUGAUCAGGAAGGACAAUGUUCACAGAGCGUUUGUGGAAUCAUCUCAAAUAUCUUCACUCACCUUCAAAUGUUAACUACCAGUGUUGUGAUAUGAACUCCCUGUUCUGAUGAUCUCAAAUGU